GUAAGGAUGAAAGAUUCAUUCAGCAGCAAACUGGCAUGCAGUCGAACUGCAGCCAGCACGUGCUUCCAGACAGCUGCGAACAGGCCUAUAAAUCAAAUUGAUGGUGACAUUUCAAAUAUGUAAAGCUUCUGUUUUAGCACGCGCAAAUCGGCCGUGGAUGCGAUUAAAGAUACAUCGGAAAUAAUUAACAACAGCCACACACAUGAUGAGAUAUAACAACAUUUGGAAGUUCAACAUUCAUUGGGUAUCGUUGAGAUCAGUAUAAAAGAAAAUAUUUACAACAGGGUUUAUUCAGUUAUUUCCUCAAGUCGUAACGGCAAGGUUAAUUACCGUGGCCGGCAACAAUGUGGAAAUAUUACGUAGUUGCUCAUUGGAUUAUACAAACAACCACUACAACAGCUCAUAACAAUGGAUUCGGACCAGGACGGCAAGAUUGGGGGUUCUCAGAAGUGCGACAGGGUGCCCACAUGUUCUGGUGGUUGUAUUUUGUUACCGAUUCAGACGUCGAUCAUUACUCCGAACGUCCGAUUGUAAUUUGGCUGCAAGGUGGACCAGGAGGGUCCUCAACUGGGUAUGGAAACUUUGAAGAAAUUGGACCCUUAGAUCUGGAUUUACACGAAAGGCCACACACUUGGGUCAAAUACUUCAACGUUCUGUUUAUUGAUAACCCAGUGGGAGCCGGUUACAGCCAUGUAGAUGAUGCGACAUACCUAUCAAAGAAUAACGAAGAGAUAGCUCAAGAUUUGGUGAACUUAAUGCGACAAUUUUACGAAACGUUUCCAGAGUUUAGAAAGACGCCUUUGCAUAUUUUCUCGGAGAGUUAUGGUGGAAAAAUGGCUGUUCAAUUCGCCUACCAACUACAUCUAGCCGUUAAAGAUGGGUCAAUUGUGAGUAAUCUUCGAAGCGUUGCGUUGGGAGCCCCAUGGAUUUCUCCAGAAGACUCGGUCAUGUCCUGGGGAGAAUUUCUACUAAACCUUGGCUUUGUGGACACCAAAGGAUUCGGUGUGAUCCAUAAAGCGGCCAAAAGUAUUCGAGUUUCAAUGCGUGACAACCAAACAAAGGCAGCUACUGAUCUUUGGAGAAGUAUGCAACAUAUUGUAACUAAGGAAGCUAUUGGGAUCGAUUGUUACAAUGUGUUGAAACCUCAAAGAUCUAUUAGUGCAGCAAUUUCAAAAGAUGAAUAUGAAAUGUUGCAUUUUGGUGAACAGCAUCCCAUCCAACAUGAUAUGAUGCACACUAUGGAUAGCUCGCAUAAAUUGAACCGAUUGAUGCGUGGUCCAGUGAGUACCACAUUGGGAAUUCCUAAUCACGUGUUAUGGGGUUCUCAGAAGGAUAUGGUCUUUGCGGCGCUCUUUGAUGACUUCAUGAAACCCACUACGCAGGUUGUAGAAACACUUCUGAACACGACAGAACUUGACGUGAUAAUCUACACGGGACAGCUAGAUUUGGUUGUGUCCACACCCGGAACGGUACGAUGGGUUGAGAAACUCCAAUGGCCAGGACGCGAAGGUUAUCUGAACGCACCUAGGCAGGGUAUUGACUACCGUGGGGUUUUGGAAGGCUACGAAAAAAAUUACGGGAAAUUAACGAUGUAUUGGAUUGAUAGAGCCGGACACAUGGCACCGGUUGACAACCAUAUGGCAAUACAGUACAUAUUGGACAAACAUGUUAUAGUCUGAUACAGUUUUUGUUUCAAUGCGAAAGAAAAAAAAUACCGACGUUGUUGUCGCAGAAUCGGGCACCGCUGUAA